AUGGUGUACAUAUGUUCUAAUUGUAAAAAAGGUUAUCAUAGCAAAUGCCAAGAUGAAUGGUCCUGCGAUUGCAAAUGUAACGUUGGCAAUGGUGCUGAUGUGACACAAAAAGCUGCGGCUAUUGGUGGUGGAGCAGCAUUAGCAGUUGGUGGUAUUUUUGUAACUGUAUGCACAGGUGGCUUGGGCGCGGUUCUUCUCGGUGGAGCAAUGUUAGGUGCUGGUAUUAGUUCUACUUGGAAUGGAACUGAAAAAGCAAUUAAAGGUGAAAGAAUAGACGGUAAAUCAUAUGCUGCAGAUGUUGCUUUCGGUGCGGUAGCUGGAGUUGCAACUGGCGGUAUCGGUGCUGCUGGUGAAACAGUUGCGGCGAAUGUGGUUAAACAGGGUGCGAAAGAAGUGGCAAAAGCUGGAGUAAAAAAGCUUGCUGUGCGAACUGCUACGGGUGCUGUAGCCGGUGUUGUAUCAAAAACAAUAGAUGAAGUUAAACAGUGUUCAACGACUGAUAAAGAAUGGUCGGAUUUUGGAAAAAAUUUUGAUGAAAAUGGUAAAGAAAAAGGUACAGCAGUUUCAUGGGUGACAAGUGCUGCUGUAGGAGGUUUUGGUGGAGCAGGCAGUCAUGUUAGCUCUAAUUUAACAAAAUCGAUCCCAUCGGGUGUUACUCGAAGUGUUACACGCGUUGCUGUUAGUGGAUCAACUGCGGCAGUGGGUGACGCAACAGUUCAAGGAAUCAAUAUAGCUACUGGAAAUCAAGGUGAGUAUGACGUCGGGCGAACUGUAAAAAGUGCUGCAAGUAGCGCAAUCAUGACAGCAGGUCAAGAAGCAAUAAAAAAUGGAGUUUAUCGUGUAAACGGUGGGAAAAAUAACUUGCUACAUGAAGAAUCAAACAAAAAACUGAUUGAAGAAAAGGUACCUGAAGAAGCUAGAAAAGAAGUAAUGGAUGGAUAUAAAAAUUUGAAGAAGAUACCUCAAGAUACAUUAAAUCGAGAAAGUGCAACAGCUUCUGCAUAUACCAAUUACAAAAAAGGAGAAGAGUCGAUCACGAAGAAUUACGAUUCACGAAUUCAGUCACAGAUUGAUCUGAGAGACGCUGCACUAGGUAAAAAGGCCAUUGAAUCUGUCAGACAACAUCAACAACAGAUAGACUCGUUGGUUACAGAAAAAAAAGUAGCAAUUAAAGAUUUUCGCACUAAUAAUCCACCUGUCAGAAAAACUGAUAUUGGUUAUAUGAACCAAGAAAAAGCUCAUUUUCUUACUGGAGACAAGAUUGGACAAGUGGCCGUUGAUGUUAAAACACCGAAUGACCCCUCAAGAGGAGCUAGUAGAGCAACAUUUGAUUACGACGCUAAUGAUCAAGGACGGUUUAAAUUUUCUGGACAUACAAGUGGUCAUGAUUAUACACGACUCCCUAAUCAUGCGUCAAUUGGCGUUGGUGGCUUAUUAUUCACUGUACCAAAAUGCGAUAAAAAAAAGAAAGAUGUUAUUCAACAUCUAGCUCAAAAAUAUAAUCUUGUUCCAAAACCUGUUCAACAACAUACAUGUGCCAAUACAUUUGAUCAGAUUAAAAAUGCGGUUCAUAAGUUUUAUUUAAGAGACGAUGUUUCUUAUCAAUUACCUGAUAAACGUGGUACUAUUGUUGUUAAAAAUGAUGAUAACACUAAAAUAACAUAUCACAAAAGAAUACUUUUGAAUAAUUUACGUGAAAGUUUUGAAUUAUUUAUAGAAGAGAAUAAAGGAAUAAUUAUUUCUCGUUCAUCGAUUACUGAUUUAAGACCUCCAUUUGUAGUUCCAAAAGCAGCGCUAGCUCAUAGAAUAUCUAAUACUGAAAGCAAUUGA